AUGGUCUGGCCUUUCUCUGCCAGCAAAUCCGCAGAUGCGUCCUCCUCAUCAUCGUCAGCGCAGCCCGCCUUUGAGGCCGUUGCGCCUGCACCAGUCGACUCCACGCGCAACUCGAAUUCUACGCCGGAAAGCCCCACCGACUAUCUUCGCAGCCAUGCUUUCCAGCAACCUUCUUCGGCAUCACCAUCCACAUCCGCCUCUGGCGCUGAUUACGUUCCUAAUGCAGCUUCGCUGCUCGGCGAUACGUCACUCGACCUUGGCUCGCUUUCGCCGCUCGCCGGUUUGGGUAAAGAUGACCUCGAAUACCUCGACCUGACCGAUGGUGCGCCGUCGAGCAUGGAAGGAGCACGAACCGCGGUCCCCUCGCGAGGCUGGUCAGAUGACCUCUGCUACGGCACUGGCACUACUUAUCUCUCUGGUCUGGCCAUCGGCGGUCUUUUGGGAGCUCGCGAGGGCCUGUUUCGUCCUCUUGGCAUUGACAAUCCCACUUUCCGUCUGCGACUCAACGCGGUCCUCAACCAGGUCACCCGACGAGGCUCGUUCUUUGGCAACUCGGCUGGUGUUAUCGCUCUCAUCUACAACCUCGUGGAUGCGUCCAUCGACGGCGUCCGUGGCAAGCACGACAUCUACGGUGCUGUGGCUGCUGGUGGUGUCUCUGGCGCUCUUUUCAAAUGCACUGCCGGUGUGCGCCUCAUGGCUGUGGCAAGCACCAUCAUGAUGGGUGCUGCCGCCACCUGGACCUUGGCCAAGCAAUCUCUUCUCUAA